CCACUUCGGACUAAUAUCUCCCCCUUGUUUGGGAACGUCCGGAAAAGUUUGUGCUGCAGAAUCUUCGUGGAUUUUACUAGAUAAUUUAAGUGUGACCCAAUUAAAUUUUUAUUUAGUCACUAUGUUCACUCCAGAGAGUAUCAAAAUCUCCAUCCAGGAAGGAAAUACCUCGAAUUUUGUGGAAUUUAUCGAAGAGAGUAUCAAAAAGCAUUCCAGCACGAAACUCUGUCCAACAGAUGAAAAAUGUGAUUUCCUGCACGCCCUUCCUCAAAUUCUCGACAUUUUCAUAGAAAUCACACGUAUUUAUUGCCAAGAAGCUGAAAAUAUUGGUUCCCGGACAGUUCUUCAGGCGUGCUUGAAGUUUCUUAAAGUGAGUUGCGCCCAUGGAAAGUCUCUUCAGGGAAUGAUUGCAGGAAAAGAGGGUGUUUUGGAGGCAAUAAAAAUCAUUUUAAAUUCCCCAGAAGAUGGGAUAUUGAAAAAAUGGACGUGGCAUCUCCUGGUCAACGUCAUUGUGGGCAAUUCCGACACUUUGAGACUGAUUUGGUCAGAUUUUGGAGAUUUUCUCCUGACUGAGAUGACAGGGAACCAUGAAAAUACACCAAUAACUGCUGCAGUCCUCUACAAUUGCCUCAGAUUAGCCAUGGAGGAAAAUGUCCAGGAGAUUCCCACUGCAGAAAUUUUCAGGCGAAUGAUAGGAACUCUGGAGAGGAAUGUUGGAGCAGCUGAGUCUAACCAAAUGGAUUUUGUGCACUUAUCUUUUGAGUAUGUGCUCUCAAAAGUUGAUAAAUUCAGAGAUAUCUAUUCCCAGCUCAAUGGUUUUGAUAGGACUUGGACAAUUUUCUACAUAACCGACCAUGUGAAAGAUAGCAGACAGCCUCAAAUUGAGGAAGAAGUUCUCAAGUAUCUUCCUGGUCAAUUCAACAAGAAAUCCCAGUGUAUUCUCAACAGUAGUCUUCAAUACGAAGAGGAUGAUCCGAAGGAAGUCAUGGCUCUUCUGAGAUGUUUUGUCGCAAUUACUGGAAGUGAUACAUAUGGAAAAGUCUUCAAGGAUAAUGCUUCUCUCUUCAUCAAUACAAGUGCCCUUCUAGUCGCAGUUCAUCAACUCAGUUCCCAAGAAAAUUCCCAAUUUAAACCACUAGGAAAGCUUGAGGAUUUUUCUACCAAAUCCCAGGCAGCUCAGGAAGCAGAAAAGGAGGUAUUCUUUGAGUUGAAAACCCUCCUUGUCCGACUGAUAGCAAAUUUAUCCCACAAAAAUCGCAAGAAUCAGGAUUUAGCCAGAGAACUCAACGUUGUGUUAACCAUUUGCAGUUGUACGACCAUGGAUGCCCGGAAUCCAAUGAUGAAAGAAUGGGCAAUUGUGGCACUGAAAAAUCUCCUCGAGGGCAAUCUUGAGAAUCAGAACAUCAUCAAAUCCAUGGUAAAUACGGGUCCUGCAGCAAACAACGUUCUAAGUGAGUUGACGAUGGAAAAUGGUACAGUUCGAAUAAAUCGCAAUCAGGAGCAAUAAAAACGGUGUAAGAAGCUCAGAAAUUGGAAGAAUAAAGAUAAAUGGAUGAAA